UGUCGUUUUUGCACACAAGAAUUCUCCCACAUAAGUCGAAGGUAUAAUACCUACCAUUCUUUAUUUGAUAGGUUGCAAAUCUGUUGACGAGAUUUAAAAAUUGUCUUAAACGUUUCGUUUUAUCACUAUUUUUUGUGUUUUAGUGAUAAUUGUGAUUUUUGAUAUUCGUACUAAUAUUUUGACGUAUCUUAUUGUCUGUAUCGUAUCUGUUCAAGAAAAUUGAUAUUGAAAUCGCGUCCACGUGCUUAGUUUUCCGUGUAUUUUAAAUUAUAAAACCGGUAGUUUUCAUUACAUAGUGAAUUUUCGCGAGAAUCUUAUGGUGAAAAUGAAAAGCCUUAAAAAACCCUACAAGAGUAAGACAACAUCUCCCGUGUGCCAUUUUUCACCCAAUAUGGUGUUAAACAAUAGAAAAAAACUGCAGAAGCCUAGAGUGAAAAGAGUUUCUUGGAGAGACCAACAAAUGGACGGCGUUAGCUUGACCUCGGAGGUAGGCUCGAUGGGUUCCGGGGGCGGCGGCGGCCCCCUGCAGGACCCCGCCAUCCUGAUGGUGCGCGAAACGACCACCGCCAACAAGAGCAUCAUCAGGUAUUCGCGCGAGCAGCUGCUCAAGCUUAGAGAUGUGCCGGCGGCCAAGAAGAGGCCGGAUUUCCUUAACACCAAUGAUACGAGUUCGCUGCCCAUCUUCGAUCCGGAUCGUUGGAACUUCGAUAAGCGCAAACCGUCAAGUGGUAACAACACCGCCCCUUCGGAAGGGGAAGGGGCGGAUUCCCAGCAGCGGGGGACCAUCGCAAACCGUCGCUCGACUGCCGAUCCUCGCGAACGAUUGCGCAAGGAGUGCGUCGGAGGUGGAGGAGAUGGUAUCGUUUUGAGUCCUCAACGUCGUAGUUUCAACUCUGGCUGCUUCGUACCCGCUGGUCGUCAGGGAACUACAUCAAAUACCAGUCAAGGAGCGGGUCAAGGAGGCGGUCAAAGUGGCAGGUCUCAUAGUCCAGUAGGUGGAAAGGGGGCUGGGGACGGCCAUCUCGGUUUGCGGGAGAUCCAGACGGGCGCUCCACCAUCUGGCGGCAAUCGACGUAUAGGUAGUGGUCGCAUUUUACGGGACUCCUCCUGGGACUAUCCCGAUAAGCAGCAGUCGGACGCUGGAGACGACUACGUCGCCUCCUCGAAGUACGAAAGGCGCAGCUUUGGCGGCGGCUUUGACAGGGACCGCGAUAGGGACAACACUAAGGACAGGCGGAACAACGGAAGGUAUGGAAGAAAGAUAUCUGAGACUAGGGAAAUGGAAGAGCCUGAAUGGUUCUCGAGUGGCCCUAUGUCUCAAAACGAUACCAUCGAGCUGCGAGGUUUUGAGGACGAGAAGCCUGUGACCAAGAAAAAAGUGCCUCCAUCAAGUUUAAAACGCCUGGAGAAGUGGUCGAAAAAGAAGGAUAGUCAGCAGGAAACUAUCGAUGAAAACGAAAGCGUCUCUUCUGCGUUGCAGGCCAAUGCGGAAAAAGAUGCGCAAAAAGAUGGAAGUGAAGAGAAAGAGGUUAAACAGGCUGUGGAUAGAAAAAAGGAAGAUAGCGGAAAAGAUGAUAGUAAAGAAGGUGACAAGCACACAGUGAAUAAUGAACAGGGUUUCAAUUUCGAUGAUAUACUUGAGUGUCAAUCCAUUGCUGGGUUACUGCCUAAUGGAGUAGGAAACGAAGCUGAGGCUCAAGCCAAGUCAAGAUUCAGUCGCUGGUUCAAGCAAGAUAGCCCCGAAAAGCAGUCACAACCCAACACAAAUCCUAGUCGCCAUUCCUCCUUACCUUCUGAGGAUGAUCAUAACCUGAUCAUAAAGGACCUGCUGAAAGACAUCUCCGAACCCGCUGGCCCUCCAGGCGACUCGGAGGCAUAUUUCGCACCGAUCUCGCCAGCGGGCAACAACUCGAUGGGAGCAGGGCCGCCGUUUGGUGCGGGCCAACCUCAAGGCAGACAUCCCCAUCACCAACAGCAAUUGGCGCCGCAACAGCAGGGACAAGGACUCAGCAUCAUGGAUCUGCUAAGGGCUGGUGGAAACAAGGGUGCACAGCAACAACAGCAUCAAGCGCAGGCGGGACAUCAGGCGGCGGUUGAAAUGCUCAAGCAGCCACCAAUUGCGGGUAAAAUUUUGAGUUUGGACGAGCUAGAAGCAAAAAUAAGACAAAAUGCUGAGGCCUCAUCUGGAAUUCCACAGAAGCACGUGCAGCAGCAUCCUCCGCAGAAGCCUGAUGAAGACAUGACAGCGGCCUUCAAAAAACUGUUAGCACAAGCACAAGCUGGUGGCCAUCCUGCGGCCUCCAAUGGGCCUAUGAACAAACCUCAGCCUAUGAGUCUCCUGGAGAUGUUGAACCAUUCCCAACAGCAAGACGAAGCCGCCCGGAUGGCCGCUGUCCAUCACCAACCACACGCCGGCGCCCAUCAUACGACGUCGUCGGCCGCCGCCCAUCACAACCUCAUGGGCGGUCCGACCAGUCCUGCCGCCCCGUCGGCGUCGUCUAACGUCAAUUCGAUGCAUCACCUGAACGAGCUGACGCUCAAGCUGCAACAGGCGCAACAGUACCACCAACAGCAGCAGCAGAAGCAGCAGAUGGAGAUGUUCAAUAAGCUGAUCAACGCGGCUACAAGUGCUGGCCAAGUGAGACUCUCGCCACUACAACAUGAACUAGGACUACAACAAAGCAGGGAAUUGUUGAAUCGACCCGAGGCACAGGCUAUUUUACAAGGGCUGAAACGCGGGGAGAUCACCCCGCAACACCUGUACCAGCAGCUGACCAGCUCCGCGCUCCAGCCUCGUCACCGCGACAUGCUGUCGGCCAUUCUGAAGCUGCACGGCUACGGCCCCACUCCUCCGAGGGGGCUCAGCCCGGUGCCGCCCCCACCGCAGCCUCAACCGCCCCAGCAAACUGCCGCACAGUUGGCAUUCCAACAGCAACAACAACAGCAGCUCAGGGUUUCGCCCCUACCGCCAAACGCAUAUUGCGUGUCUCCGAUAUUGGCAACUAGUCCCAACACUCUGACAGUGCCUGCUCUUCAUCAGCGUAUACCGUCCCCGCGUGAAUUACAAGUUCACACACAGAACAUUCUUCAAAGAGCGCUGAUCAAGAAAAAACUAGAAGAACAACAAGAAAAUUAUAGGAAGAAACAAGAAUUGCAACAGCAACGUGAACGAGGCUCAAGUCCAGCUAAUAUCAUUAGCCCCGCUUCUGGUGUGAACAACGUCCAAUCAUCAAGCGCCGGUUCGGGCAACAAAGGCAUCGGAUCUCCUACACCUUUGGCAUUCACGCCUACAUCCGUACUACGUAAAAUGACUGCUGAUAAGGAUGACGCUAAAGAGAUCGGUAAAAAUGGCCAGGAGGCUACACAAGCAGCAGCUGUGGCUGCCGCCAUCGCCAAAGCUGGCAUGUCUCAAGGCAGGGCAGUCACGGGGGCGAGACCCGCAGCUCAACAGCAAGUACAACAGCAACCGCAGUGGGGCGGUAUGCAGUUCGGUGGGAGCGUUAAGCAGCCAGUUGGCCGUCCAAUUGUGAAGGCUAAUAACAACUACCAGUCGCAGGCAUCACAGGAAUUCUUCAGUCAGCACCAGCAGCAACAACAACGUAUCUUCAAUCAAGCAAUGCAGGCAGCUGUUGCAGCUCAAACUCAAAAUCAACAAAUGGAUGCUGUCCGAAAACAAAUAGGCCGUGAUCAGUAUGGAUACCAGUCGUCAAGCCAACAGUUCGUGCAACAGCAGUUGACUCAACAACAGCUACGUGCUCAGCAUCAACACAGACCAGCCAAUCAGCAAACAGCGCAGGUCCAGCAACCACAACAGCAACAAGGCAACGGAAGAGACAACGCCUGGCAGCAGUUCCUCAAUUCUAAUCAACAGUCACAAGCGUCUCGCUCCUCGACAAACAGCACCGUGACGACAAACACGACUACCUCAUCCGCUUCAGCGGUGAACAGAAACAGCAACAGCGGUGCCAUAUCGCCGGCGACUGGCAAUCAGCUGGCGCGUUGGUUUUCGCCUGAUCUGCUAGAGCGAGCCAGAGGCGGAGAGCUGCCCAGCACUGCAGGCCUGGGCCAGCAUGCCAUGUCCCUGGAGGAGAUUGAAAGGCAGACCGCACCGCCGGUACACAAUUAAGCUCUAAUCAAAUGAAAAAGAUGGGAUGCGGAUUCAACGACAUUUGAAACCUAUAAUCGUAGCAGAAACAUAAGAAUUACAUGUCUCAAGCUAUUUAUCGUAUUAGACUCGUUAAUUUACUGGCGGUUUGUUCGACGUCCCUCAUAUUGUAAAUAAAACUUAGAACCAUUGAUGAUUCGCAAGUUGUGAUUGGGUUGAUAUGGACGUUGAUGUGAGCUGCCUCAAACUAUAUGAACGAAAAAUAAAAUUCAUCAUACAAGUCUAUCAAAAUUAAUAUGAUCUGCCGAGAACAAGGAGGAUAUGUGGUGUUUUCUAUUUCAUUUUACAUAAAUGAUUAUACCGGGAUUUGAAAAUAGCAAUUCACUUUUUUCUACACUAUCUAACCUAGUUGAUUACAAAUUUUAGGACAAAUUUUUAUGAAAUUUAAAUGACUGUCUGAAUCAAAGUUGUUUUCAAAUGUGCGGCUACAAUUUAUCUUAAAACAAACAUGUCGAAAUAUUGCCUGUAAAUCAGCACACAAUUUUGUAAAAAUAUAAUUGUACGCACUGAUUCACAACAAACGGCCCUGCUGGGUCUGAAAGCAGUGUAGAAAAAAACCUCUGCUAGAUAAAGUAAACCCGCAUAUACACCUCCUUCUUCCAAACUUGUAUAUAUUGAAUCAAUGGAAUUAUAUCUUCGAAAAAUGGUACCAUUACCCUCCUUAGUAGUAGGAAAAAUAUUGUGCUUGUGAUACAAAUGAAGUCUGUUGUCUUUCAGAUUCUAGUAGGGUUUAUUGAGAAGCUACUUUUCAGUUUUAGUGGAAAACUUAUUUAUUUUUUCGUUUUGGUGUGGAGAAUAUCAUUUUCCGUUCAGAUUUUGGUGUUUAGAAUUAUAUAAUACGUACGGGUAGUGGUAGUCAUUUUACUCACGAGGAAAAAGAACAUAUGUGAUCUUGUUCGGAAAGGUGGCAGUGUUAGUGUCCAAGAAAAAUGAGAUUUCAUCGCAAAACAUUCAUCUCCGUUUCAUUGCUACUCUUGUCAAAAAUUACAAGCAUAUUUAUGGGAAUUUUUCAUGUAGCCGAUCGAUUGGUAAUUAAUUGAUGAAUUAUGAUGCUAGUUUGCAAGAAGUACAGGGUUUUUCAUUAAGGGUGUCGAAAUUUAAAACUGAAUAAACACAUUCAAUACCAUGACGUUGUAAAAAUUACAUCAUUCAAAUGGCCUCCUUUGUAAAACUGUGCUGCAUAAGUCAGGAUGGAUGUUGUUCCCCAGUUGGUGAAUUGUUGUUGGUUUGUUACGAAAAACCAGUGACUUAACGUAACCCCAGAGAAAAAAGUCUAAGGGCGGCCAUUCCAUAUCGCCUCUUCUGGAAAUAACGUGUUCCGGAAACAUUUCUUGCAAUAACUGCAAUGCAAUGGCCGACAUGUGACACGUUGCGCCGUCUUGUUGGAACCACAUGUCGUUGAGGUCCAUAGCAUCCAAUUGAGACCGUAAAAAGUCAGCUAUCAUGACCCGAUACCGGGCGCCGUUGACAGUCAGCGUCUCGCCAUUCUCGUUUCGGAAGAUGUACGGUCCAAUGACGCCGCCUGACCAAAACCCACACCAAACAGUAAGUUUUUCCGGAUGCAAUGGAGACUCUUGAUACUGUUGUGGAUUACUGUCUCCCCAAAUGCGACUAUUUUGUUUAUUCACGAAGCCGUUUGACCAAAAAUGUGCUUCAUCACUGGAAAUGAUUUUUUUGGGAAAAUCUGUAUCCGCUCCCAACUGUUCCAGAGCCCCAAUCAGCGAAAGUACGAUGCGCUUGCUGGUAGCAGACAGGACAGUUGCUUGUGCACGACGCGGAAUCGAAAGGUUUGGGACUUCAGCCGAACCGUCUUGCUCGAAUUUGGCGAUGAUUAGUUGAAUUGAAGCACACAAGUUUUUAUGAUAGAUUUUAUCAAUUGCAACGCGUUCUUGCACAGUGUAGCGUUUCAUGGUAAAAUGGUGACUAUGACAGAACACAGUCAUCGAGGAAUGAUGUCCGUGCCACCUGAAACCUCAGAGCAAGUUGUUGCCAAAUUUCGGAGCUAUUGAAAAACCCUUUGUUUUAGACUUCUUGAUAACAUCAAGUCUUUUCAAUUCAAGCUCUGCGAUAAAAUUCUCAUUAAUCUGUAUAACUGACUUCUUUCCAACGAGGACUCAUUUGAACUAUAUGAAAAGAGGCUAUAUAACAAUAUUGUAAACUACCGGAACUGAAUUUUUAACGUUGUGUUCUAUAUUGUAUUUUUUUAUUUGAGACAGGAAAGAUAUGUGUAAACUGUUUUUAUGAUGUGUUAUCGUCAUCUAUUUACAUUCCUCAUUUUCUUGAAGAUUCCAUCGUACAUAAGAGCGUCGAUAGGGCAGUAAUUACAUUAUAUUGUAGACAAGGUAUGCUUAGACUAGUAAAUGCGAAUUCAUUGAUAUUGUUUCUGUUUUUCUAUCCAUUGGGUAGGUGAUGAAAUGUGAUGUUUCAGAAUGGAAGGAAUGGUGUGCUGAAUAAAUUGAUACCCUAUACUAUACGUAACAGAAGAAGGGGCACAUGAAGAGCAUUUAGUUGAGGUGGUAUCUUCGAAUCUGCACGUUGCCAUGACAAAAAUUGUUUAAAACAAUUUUUUAAACGAAUUUCAAAAAUCGUAAUUUUUCGCUCCUGUCAAAGUGUUUUUAGGUUUUUUGGGACAUUCUGAAUAAAAAUUAAAUUAUAGUUCUCGAAAUACCAUAGCGAGCAAGUAUUUGUAACUUUCCACAUUUUCGACCCCGAAAAACUAUGAAAAGUUCCUAAAUAUUUCUCGAGCGUCCAUUAACAAGAUAUCAAAGCAUAUGCCAUCAACUUUAGAGAAAAUUUGCAAGGCGCCUUUUGACUAGAGUGAAAAAAAAUUUUGGAAUUUGUUAAAAAAAAUUCGAAUCAGAAUAUGUUUCCGACCAGAUGCGAAGAUACGCCCUGGACUAAUUCUUCAGUCUACCAGACACGCACAAGUGGAAUUGUAUGAACACUAUUAGUGAUGGAAAAGAUAUAAAAAUAUCCAGUUAACGAAUAUAAAUAAAUAAACCAUUCUAGGAACCAAGAAAAUAGUUUAUAUUUUUUGAGGAAAUUCCUGACUGUAGCCAUGAAAAACAAGCCUUUAUAACCUUUCAUGUAAAAUCAAGCAAUAUCAUUUGUUAUUGAGUGAACACAAAGGAGUUACUUGAGUAUUAACAAAACUGAUAAAGAAAAGCGAGGCGACAAAAUAUGUGCUCAUACUCUAUAAAUUUAUGGACAUUUCCACAAACAUUUUAACAAUUGAGUCAUGAGGUAUAUCAACAUAAAACAUAAAGUAAGACGAUAACGUAAAGUUGUGUUAUUGCCCAAAACUUAUCUACUAAAACUGAGAUUAACAAAAAAACUAUUGGGUUUUUUAUGGCGUGGUUAUGGAUAAGGGAUGUAGUCAGUAAUUGGAUUAAGAAAACUUCCACUAUUUUUACAAUUAUCACAGAAGAAAGAUCCUUCUUUAUUUCAGUGUAUUACAGGAAGAAAAAUCAUAUGACAUAUCUUAAAAUAGCUGACAUUCAGGCUAGCUGGUUUGCGAGUAUUUAGUUUAGUUUUGGUAUCAAAAUUGAAUACCACCCAAUUUAUUCAUGUUUACUAGCGAUUUGUUCGACUGUUGUAGUUAUAUUAAACAUACCGACGUCUUUUCAUACUGCCCUGCAUGAGAGAUCACACCGUGUGACUUUUAUUUCGCUUGGCAUAAGCUUUUUCCAUGCAGUGCCAACUUUAUCCUAUCAUUUUUCAUGUACUCUGUAAUAGUAAGAGUGAUCUCAGUUUCAUCGAAAUAAAAGUGAAAAAAAAAAUGAUAAAUGAAAUUGUUGAUGCUGUUGUCAUCUGUAAAAAAACUUAUGUAAAUAAGAUGAAAUGUCAUGUUAUUAUUAAACUCUUUUGUUUCUGAGACUCAAUAAACGAGAAGGAAUACCAUUGAUA